AUGAAACCACGGCUCAACCACCACAUAUCUGCUACAAUAAAUUUACCUGAUCUCCUCCGUGACACAAAUUUUGGCUCUCUUGACACUUUUUCUGCAGGUGUGGGGAUACCGUCAAUUCCAUUUGCACUUAGUCAAGGUGGGUGGCUGGGCUUGGUGCUUCUCUUUCUGGUGACAAUUCUCAGUUGGUGCACAGGAUUACUUCUUCAACGUUGUAUGAAUACGGAUCCCCUCAUCAGAACAUAUCCUGACAUAGGCGAGCAAGCUUUUGGGUAUGUAGGGAGGACUCUAGUAUCCGUCUUCAUGUGUCUUGAGCUAUAUUUAGUAGCUAUGGAGUUCCUGAUACUAGAAGGGGACAAUCUAUUUAAGUUGUUUCCAAACACGAAUUUCACAAUUUCCGACGUGAAAAUUGGAGGAAAGCAAGGGUUUGUUAUGCUUACUUCUCUUAUAAUCUUGCCAACAACGUGGCUAAGAAAUCUAGGUGUCCUGGCCUAUGUUUCUGCUGGUAGGGUUUUGGCUUCUAUUAUCGUUGUUGCUUGUGUUUUUUGGGCUGGGACAGUUGAAGUUGUGGGGUUUCAUGAAGGAGAUACGCUCUUCAAUUUGACAGGAAUACCUACGGCCAUUAGCCUGUUCACCUUCUGCUAUUAUGGUCAUGCAAUGUUUCCCACACACUGCAAUUCCAUGAACAAUAGAAGCCAAUUCUCUAAAGUAAGUGACUUGAUAAUUAUGCAGAUAUUUAUUCAUUCCAAGUUGUUGACCUUAUUUGUCUAGUAAAAUUUCAGUUCCAUUUCUUAACGCAUGACGUAUUUUGUCUCUUAUUGCAGGUUUUACUUGUCUGCUUAAUCACUAGCACCAUCACUUAUGGAUCAAUGGCCAUACUAGGAUAUCUUAUGUAUGGAGAGUUUCUUAAGUCCCAAGUGACCUUAAACCUACCCAUUAGAAGAAUUAGCACAAAAAUAGCAAUAUGUACGACACUAAUCAAUCCCCUAACAAAGUAUGCAGUCCUAAUCACUCCGAUUGCUACCGCUAUUGAGGAUACAUUUCCUUUCCAUGUUAGCAGAUAUCCCAACCCAUGCCCGGCCGGUAUAGCUCCUGCUUCCAUCAUCAUAUUCACCUCUUUCUUUGUGAAGUCUGCAUCGAACACCAACGUAAAUUUUCAUUUCCCAACCAAAAUACGUGGCUUCAAUUACCAGGUGUUUGAAGCUAUGUCAAAAGAUGGAAGGAAAUAUGUAAUUUAUCAAAAAAAAAAAAAUCAUGAUACAACUACUUCCGACCGCGAAAAUUUCAAAAUAAGGACACCAGAAAAGUUAUCUAAUUUAUAUUUGAAUGCGCCAGUACAGGGGCGUAUCCAGAGAUGGCACAUUUGAUAUUGCAACUCUACAAGUAGACAUCAGAAAAUUUAAAUCCAAUUCAAGAACAAAUGCC